GUUGUUUCCGCGUUGUCGACGGAAGUGGCGGUGCGGCCAUGUUUGAGUCUUUUUAGGUUGGUUCAUUGGCAGCACGUUGUCGGAACGAUAAGCCACCAUGCAAAUCUUUGUGAAGACCCUCACGGGUAAAACCAUCACCCUCGAGGUAGAGGCCUCCGAUACCAUUGAAAAUGUCAAAGCCAAGAUUCAAGAUAAGGAGGGAAUUCCACCGGAUCAGCAACGACUCAUCUUCGCUGGCAAACAGCUGGAGGAUGGACGCACUCUCUCAGAUUACAAUAUCCAGAAAGAAUCAACCCUGCAUCUGGUACUUCGUCUCCGAGGUGGUGUAAUUGAACCUACACUGCGUAUACUUGCACAGAAGUACAACUGUGACAAGAUGAUCUGUCGCAAAUGCUAUGCUCGUCUUCAUCCACGAGCGACCAAUUGCCGUAAGAAGAAAUGUGGUCACACGAAUAACAUCAGACCAAAGAAGAAGCUGAAGUAGAUUAAACGUCUAAUUCCAUUUUCCAAGUUAUGGGAAUGGAAAUAUAUAUUUCUUAUAUAUGACAUCAAUAAACUACAACUGGUAAACUGA